CUUCGGCGCAACUGUUUCCGGCGAAACUUACCCUGCAGAUGCUUCUACUCUCAAAUCCUUGAUGACGGAAUGGAAAAACUCGCCGCCGAAUUGGGGCAAGUCUGAGGAUCCUUGCGGCACACCGUGGGUUGGGGUCUUCUGCAUCAACUCUAGAGUGACCCAACUGAGACUAUUUAACAUGGGACUUGAAGGUACAUUGAGCAACAAUAUUGGGAAGCUCGACCAGUUGCAGACCCUGGACUUGUCCUACAACCAAAAUCUAGGAGGUCUGCUCACACCAGCCAUCGGGAACGUGACGAAACUUAAUAUGCUGAGCUUGAUUAGCUGCAGUUUCAUCGGUACGAUUCCAGAUGAACUAGGCAAUCUAGGGCAACUCACCUCCUUGUCUCUCAACUCGAACCAGUUCACAGGCAGGAUACCUGCUUCCCUGGGUAAACUUUCCAACCUCAAUUGGCUGGACCUUGCAGAUAAUCAGUUGAGUGGACCCCUCCCGACCUCGACGAACGGGGCUCCAGGCUUGGACCAACUCCUCAAAGCACAACACUUCCAUUUAAACAAGAACCAACUAUCAGGUUCCAUCCCAGAAAAUCUCUUCAACGCCAAUUUGACAGUACAGCACGUGCUUCUUGACAGAAACCAGUUAACUGGGGGGAUUCCGGAGUCAGUUGGACUUGUGCGCACACUUGAGAUCCUUCGUCUGAAUAACAAUAAGCUGAACAGCACUGUUCCUUUGAGCAUUAGUUAUCUUGCAAAUCUGCACAUAUUAAACUUAGGAAACAACGAUCUUAGCGGACAAAUGCCCAAUUUAACUGCGAUGAGGAAGCUCAAAUAUGUGGAUUUGAGCAACAAUUCAUUUGAUCCUUCAGAAUCUCCGAGUUGGUUUUCGGAUUUGAAAAGCCUAACAACUCUUAUAAUAGAGUCUGGCGGACUUCAUGGGCAAAUGCCGCAAGAACUGUUCGGCGUUUCUCAACUGGAGAAAGUAGCAUUAGACAACAAUGAAUUCAAUGGCACCCUUGAUAUGGGUAACAACAUCAGCAGGCAAUUACAGAUUGUGAGCUUCAAAAACAAUGCGCUUAACUCGGUCAUGCUAUCUUCGAACUAUAACAAUACUUUAAUACUUUCAGGAAAUCCCGUAUGCAGCAACCCUAAUCUUGAGAAUACACCUUUCUGCCAUACACGGCAAGAAACACUGGCGCCUAAUUCAUCUAAUAAUAUAAGUUGUUCCCACCCAUAUGAGGGUGCUAUGAUUUUCAGAGCUCCUUCCUUUGGUAUUAUCACCAAUAGCUCAAUCCAGUUAUUAGAGAAAAAUUUGUCAGCAAAACUGGAAUGUGCUCCGAAUGGCUUCACUCUCGAAAAUCCCUUCUUCAACAAUGAUGGUUACUUAGAGGUGAAGCUGAUCAUCUGCCCAUCUGAUGGACAGUACUUCAACCGGAGUGAGAUAUUGGAUUGCUUUGAUUUCAACAGCCAAGAUUAUGUGCCACCCAAUAUGUUUGGACCGUACUAUUUCUAUGCGAAUUCAUAUUCAUUCCAAACGAAAGUUAUUAUCGGCUUGGUAACUGGAAUGAUAGUUGGCUUAUCGCUUCUGCUUGUUGGACUUCUGAUGGUUUUGGCCUAUGCUCUACGACAAAAGAGGCGCGCUCAAAGAGCCAUUUCUCAGACCAAUCCUUUUGCAUCAUGGUUAUCUAUUGGCGAAGAGAGUGUUGGUGCACCGACACUUAGAGCACCAAAAUGUUUCACAUAUGACGAAUUGAAGGAGUGCACUAAUGGUUUCCGAGGAACCAACGAAAUUGGUGUCGGGGGAUAUGGAAAGGUCUACAAAGGGAUGCUCCCAGAUGGGCAGACUGUUGCAAUUAAGAGACGUAAACAAGGCUCACGGCAAGGUGGACCUGAAUUCAAGACUGAACUCGAGUUGCUCUCUCGGGUUCAUCACAAGAAUCUGGUCGAACUUGUUGGGUUUUGCUGCGAGAAAGGGGAACUGGUGCUUGUCUACGAAUUCAUGUGUAACGGAACAAUAGAAGAGAGCUUGUCUGGAAAGCGUGACCUACAAUUGGACUGGAGCAGGAGACUUAUGAUAGCUCUGGAUUCAGCUACAGGAUUAGCUUAUCUUCAUGACCAUGCCAAUCCUCCAAUCAUUCACAGAGAUGUCAAGUCUUCUAAUGUCCUUUUGGAUGAAAAUUUAAUUGCCAAGGUCGCAGAUUUUGGUCUCUCGCAUUUAGUUCCAAACAGCGAGACGGACUAUUUCACUACUAAUAUUAAGGGAACAAUCGGAUAUCUGGCCCCUGAGGCCUAUAUGCUACAGCAAAUAACGAGAAAGAGCGAUGUUUAUAGUUUUGGUGUGGUAAUGCUAGAGCUGAUUACUGCAAAACCAGCGACACAUAACUACAAAAACAUUGUUGAUAUAGUGAAGAACGCAGUGGAUAGACAUGACACAGAAUACUGUGGUCUGAAGGACCUAAUCGACCCUGUUCUCUUGGAAACCGGAAAUCUCAUCGGCUUCAAAAGCUUCUUAGAUUUGGCAUUGCGAUGCAUCGAGGUUUCAGCUGACAAUCGUCCGACAAUGAGUGAUGUUGCGAAGGAGAUUGAGAUUAUACUGAAGAAUAACGGAAUGAAGAUGGCCUCAACUUCAGAAUCCUCAUCUGCCACAGAUUUGGGCAGUCGGAGGGCUCGCAAUCCUUAUGAUGAUUUGUAUUCUUCUUCUGGGAGCAAUGUAAGCAGGAGAGCUUUUGAAUACAGCAGUGAAUUUUCCUCUCGAAGCAGCUCGAGGCUGAGCAGCAAUGGAUCUUUCUUUAAAAUUACUGGUUUUACGAGGUAAUGCAGAGAAUCUAAGUUGCAAUCUUUAAGCAAAAUGUUGAGUUGAGUAAUUAUUUCCAAGUCAAACUUCGACUAAGAAUGUAGAUGCCUCUAUCCCCUGCAUCUCUUCUUGAAGCACUCAGGGACACUUGAAGGAACAAUAGGUUGGCACUACUUUGUAGAAAAGGUUACUUACAAGGUUUCAAUAGUAUAAACUAGUUAAAUUUUUGCGAAACCACUUACCACGAUAUGUAGCAAGUCUUAUUUGUUUUUAUAAUCAAUUCGAUGGUGGACCAUUAACACACAAGUCUAUUUCAAAAACAGCUCUGUUAAAUCAUUAGGACAAGAUUUAGUAAUCAUUUGUAUCAAAUGUGGGACUUGCCCUGUUAGCUGUAUGCAACAUUUUUGCCUUCUUGAUUUUGUGAUUCAUUCAUUGGAUC